AUGUCUUUCUUCUUUUUCUCUUCUCUUUCCAUCUGUAUAUUGGUAAUUCCUAUUUCACUCUCUCUAUAUUUACAUUUAGCUCUCCUUAUCUCCGUUAUUCGUUUUCUCCAUAUUCAUUAUUUCUUCCUCUCUUUCGCUUUCUCCCGUCGUUCUUUUCAUCUAUCGUUCGCUUUAUAUACAUUUCUCUAUUUCUCUUUUAUUCAGAUAUUUCAUCAUUUUCAUCCUCUGUGUAUCCCUUUCAUUCUCUUCUUCUCAUUCCUUCUCUAUUCCCCCCCCCACCUUUCUCCUCUCUCUCUCUCUCAUCCUGCGGUCAUCAGUCUAUACAUUUAUAUACCAUUGUUUACAAUUGUCUCCCUUUAUCUUUUCUCGCCCGUUCCUUCCUUUCUAUCUCUCAAUUUCACACACUAUUUUUUUGCCCUUCUCUAUCUACCUCUUUAUCUCUGUCUAUUUUCUUUGCCCUUUCCAUCUUUCUUCCUAUUCUCCUUUCUUUUAUUUCCUCUAUAUCUAAUUUUCCCUCACACUCUGUAUAUCUUUCCUUUUCUCUGCAAUAGUUUUUUAUCCUUUCUUUCUUUUUACCAACAGCAACCACAACUAAAAUAG